AUGACCAUUUGCCAACAGCCAAAACGCCUUAUCGUAUACACAUCCGGGUCCGAGGACAAGACAAGGCGGCUCUCGCUUGUGCUCCCGCCACAGAACCGUCUCGCAGGCCUCUCUGCGCUGCCUUCUGACUACACCACCUGGCGGCCGCAGGCGGGGUCCAAAUCGUGUUCCAAGGACGAAGCUUCCGGUGAAAGCUCGUCCCGUCGCACCUCUAUCGAUGACUUGCCCACCUCCUCUGCUGUCAACAAAUCCAACACAUACUUCCACAACUACAUGUUCACACCAACUCUCUACGGCAGCACCGAAAUUCCGGCAGUGUUCGGGCAUGUGACGGAUAAUAUCAACGACGAGAUCUACCUCUUUGGGGGAAUGGUGCUCGCGGCACCGGGGCUGCGGCCUGUGCCCGUGUGCGUGCGCCUCGUGGACGAGCAGUAUCGCGCGCUCACAGAAUUUCCGCGCCCGUUGAACGCGGACGCGCUCGCGAAUCCACACCUCGUGCCCACCAGCGCUCUUUACACCAUCACGACCGUGUCCAAGCGCGUGACACGGGUUGUUAUCGACACCGACCGUGCGAGUCUGCGUGGAAAUGCCCUGCGUGGCGGCGGCGAUACCCUCCCCGCCUUGCUCUUCCACAACUCCGCUGUCGUCAACGAGCGCCACAUCUUCUACUACGGGGGAUUUACUAUGGAGGUUGACCAGCGCGAGGAGGCAGAAGGCAUUGUCGAGUACCGUGUGUUGCGUGUGAACACCACGCGUGCGUGGAUUCUCGACGUGGUGACCCAUCGUGUCAAAGAGGUGCGUGUGGCCGCGUCCAGCCGAGGUGGUUGGAUCGGCAACACGCUUAUGUCGUCGUACGUCAACGAGACGGCCACGUCGCUCGUGGCUUUUGUGCACAAGGCGCGCACGACGGGCCGCGACGGCUCGUCGACUGUGGCGGGCGUAACCCUCAACCACGACGGUGAGGUGCUCACGUUCUACUCGUUCGGUGGGUACCGCCUCGAGGCGGGGAAGUUUGUGGCAUCCAACGCCGUCGUGGCAAUCGAGCUUGAGGUGCUCUACAAGGGCGCCAAGUCGUUCAUGCGUUUUGGCGAAACCGUGCUGUGCGCGACGAUCGCGGUCGCGCCAGACGCGACCGGGCGUGCGUCUCAGCCCGAGCCCCGCGGCUUUGCGGGCGAUGCGCUCAUAGAUAGCACGUAUAUGUUCAGUCGUGCGGACCACGAAGCGCGCUACGCGCGCGGCAUUAUAGCCGGCGACACCGCGAACGUCUCGCGCACCCUCUUCGAAGGAAAGGCGUUGCUCGUGCACGGCGGCACGCAGGGCACACGCUUCCACGGUGACAUGUGGGCUUUCGACUUUCUUCUCACGCGGUGGAAGCGCAUCGACACGUAUGUGCACAAGUACGACUUUAGCGGCGGCAAUUAUGCGAUCCGUCCGCACGAGCGCGAGCCGGCGCAGCUCUCAUCCGCGUGCCAUCUGAUGCACCUCCUGGGGCGUUACCUUGUGUUUUCCGUGGGCGUGUUCCACCUCGAACCAAGUGGCGUACGCGGCACACCGCGCGAGCGCUAUUUAGCAACAAAGGCGACGCGCACGGCACCGCGUGAGUUCCUCGAGCUUGUCAUGAGUCUUCCCGAGGUGGGCGCCGAGUCCACUGGCGUGGAUAUUUCGCAGGUGGCGUUCAAACGGUCAACCUUAUUUGACCUCACAACUCAGACGUACAUGGCCACAAAGUAUAUUCGCGACGUGCCGUCGUUGUACGACCUCCCGAGAAGCAUGAAAAACAGAUAUCUAUACCUGGGGUACGUGGGGUCCACUUCGGUGUACAGUAAAUCGCGCAUAUUUAUUAUCGGUGGGCAAGCCGUGCCGCAGUUUGCGUUCACCAGAAACUCGGGUGAAGAAGAGGAUGAGAAUCCGUAUGAUCAGAUGAAUCUGCUUUACAUGUUGGCGGGUAUCUUGGAAAUAGACAUGCCGGUAACGACCGCGGUGGUACAGAAGGCGCUGUAUUUUUAG